CAACAUUUUUUUUUUACAAACAGACGCGUACAUAACGGACCGUAAUAAAUUAAAACCUGUUCUUCUGAAUCGUUCAGCGUGAUCGCUCCGGGCGGAAUUCACAGGACUCUGGGAAUGAUGACGGUUCGGUGUCAUCGACGUUAUUGCGCGGUGAAAUAGGAACGAAUAUCGAAAAAAAGAACAAAAAAGGAACGAGAUUCCUUCUUUUACAGCCUGUGACACGACCUUUCGCCGCGUAAUCUGUCACAGACCACAGUGCUGUAGAUAGUCGGAUUACGAGGAAAAAAUUCUGAAAUUAAUUUUUUUUAUUGAUCUCAAUACGUAUUGUAGGAAUUUGAGUUAUAGAGGUUUUCGAAUGAUUAGGUUUACAAAUUACAGAAGUUUGAGGUUGUACAGGUUCUCGAGUUUAGAGGUUUAAGUUGUAGAAGUUCUAAUUAUAAAAAUUUGGGUUGUGGAAGUUCGAAUUAUAGAAGCUCGAAUUACAGAAAUUCGAGUUAUAGAAGAUCGAAUUACAGGAACCCAAGUUAUAGAAAUUCAAAUUACAGAAAUUCGAGUUAUAGAAGAUCGAAUUACAGAAAUUCGAGCUUUAGAAGUUCCAAUUAUAGAAGUUCGAAUUACAGGAACCCAAGUUAUAGAAGUUCAAAUUACAGAAAUUCGAAUUAUAGAAGUUCGAAUUACAGGAACCCAAGUUAUAGAAGUUCGAAUUACAGGAAUCCAAGUUAUAGAAGUUCAAAUUACAGAAAUUCGAAUUAUAGAAAUUCAAGUUACAGAAAUGCGAAUUAUAGAAGUUCGAAUUACAGAAAUUCGUGUGAUCGAGAUUCGACUGCACCGCAACUCGCUACGCGUUCAAGUACCGUGUACAGUACACGAAACAUUUACUGAUAGUCAUAAUCUUACACCAUCAAUUUUCGACUUUUUUCCUCUCACGAUUAAUUAUACGCUCUAGAUCACCGUGCGGCGCGGUGCCCGUUUCACACGUGAAUUUCCAUGGUUCCCGUCAGAUGGCGACUUUCGUUUCGCCCGCGUGACUGAUGGAGAACGGAUGUGCGAGAGUUCUGCACGUUCCUCCCGUGCAGUCGAUCCCGGGCACUCGAAACCUGUCGCGAACGCGGGCCGACCUUUGACUUCGCUUUCCAUGAACUUUCGUGGCCUGUCCAGUGUUGAAGAGCUCCUGACAGCUCCCGGCGACCGUGCACUGGACCACGUCCACCUUCAUCCCACCUGAAACACUGCCAGUCCCUUUAUCGCGAGAAGCUCGCGAAGGAACGAGCCAUGGGCCGCACAGGAUACACGUGCAUCAGGCACGUCUUCUGCUCCCUCAACGUUCUCAUCUGGCUAUGCGCCUGCGGAAUUUUGGGUGCGGGCCUCUGGCUGCGACUGGCGUACUCCGGCUACAUGACCCUGAUGCCGUACUACAGUUUCGCGUCAGCCGACUCGCUCCUGCUGGCCGCCGGCUGCGUGACCUUCGUCAUCGCCUUCUUCGGAUGCUGCGGUGCCUGGUUUCAAUCCAGAUGCAUGCUGAUCACGUACUUCGGCCUGGUGAUGCUGAUGUUCCUGGCUGAGUUCAUGCUGGGCACCCUGGCGUUCACCUUCAGGGCACACCUCGCGAGAAGCCUGAAGCAGGAGCUGCUCUACGGUAUCGAGAAGCAUUACAAUCUGACUAAGGAGCCUGGAACCAUCCCUGUGAUUUGGGACCAUAUACAGUCUGAGUUCCACUGCUGCGGCGUGCAGGACUACACGGACUGGUUCUACAUCGACGCGUGGCCGAAGAAGAGCCGCGUGCCCGACUCCUGUUGCAUACAAAAGAAACGAUACUGCGGUCGGCUGGACCCGGACGGCCGCAACAGGGAGCUCUGGUACAAGGAGGGCUGCGUGUCCGCCAUUCAGAUGUGGCUGGUGACCAGGUUGCACGUGGUGGGCACCGUCGGUCUGGUGGUCGCGUUCCUGCAGCUGUUCGGCCAGGUGGCCAGCAUGAUACUCUUCUGCACGGUCAGGCACAAGAGGUCCUCCCACACGUACAAGAGCUACGACACGACGAACACCUAGAAUUUCCGAUGGAUCUUAGACGAAACCGGCGUCUAAGAUCCAUCCGUGAUCGACAACCGGCACGAUCACGAUCUUCCUCCCCGGCGAUCCUCCGACGAGGAUCCGGGGAAGGUUACGAUCGCGCCGCGAGAUCCGAACCCCUGUAAAGUUCUCUCCGUUCCCCCUGCGAACAGGACUCGUCUCCUCUCGUUCCAGCUCGGAGGACGCGCUCCGACCUUCGAUCGGAUCCGGUGAACGAAAUCGGGCCGAACGUUCGACGAGGACUGUUCGAGCGGCACCCUGUCGUUGGGAGAUGGCUCGUUGUCUAGGAUAGUUGUAGUCGUAGGUCCGAUCGGUCACCCUACCGACGAACAGCAGGUCGGCGUCGCGACGAACACGAGAGCCGACCGAUCGGAUUUGUAUUCUUUCGGACUAGCAUCGAGCGAUCUCCCCGCAGUAGCUCGUUAGGCCCAGGGUCGUCGGUUCCAAUGAACGACGCGCACCCCUGAGCGAUUCCCGAGGGAACGCUGACCCCUUGGGGUCGCGGUCGACCGACUCUCGCUUUCCGCGCGCUCCGAACGGAACAAGGAACACGAACACGGAAGUGACUGCCGUCACGGAGCCGAUUUCGAACGAUGAACAUGGAAAAUACUUGACGGAGAUGUUCUCGUUUCGUGCGAGAGUUUUAUGUUACCCCUAGGCUGCGGGUCUUGCGCUGAUCGGGGCUUGGGAGAUUCGCAUGGGGAAUGUUUGACAGUGUUGGAGUUUGGAAUGACGUUUUUGUUUCGAAACCUUUCGUUGCGGAAGCUUCGAUUUCUUAAACUGUACCGUUGACACAAUAUAUGUGAACCCUUGGAAACUAGAGUAAUUUGGAAACAUACUGUCUGAAGCAACGGAAAUCUGAAGUUCGAAUUAUACGUUACUGCAUUGAUGUAUAGAGUAAAUUAGCGACAUCCGUUGGUUGAAAGGAUAUUCUUCUGAAUUCAUCAAAAAGACAAGUUUCACGUGUAAACCAUUGUUUCCCGAGUAAGGACAAAUUUCCAAGCGUCGACGAAGGCUACCAACGCGCGUCCGCCCAAAGAUCCGCAGCCUAGCCACAAUGCAUGCGAGUUUCCUUAUUUACCGUAACGUAACCAAUCUCUGCGUAUACCAAAAUUGCUACUCGCGCGAGCGGGCGUGCCAGCGCGAGCGUUCCGAGCGUGUCCCAUCGAGUUUCUCCGUCCGCUGUCACGCCCGGCCGCGGCGAUCGGGAGCGCAAGUAUUUCUACUCGUAAUCGUGUAAGUUCAAGUCGAUGCUCCCGUGGGAACAGGGAUCCACAGGCGUCGAGGUGUCACUGGUUGUAGCUUUAAAACCACGGGCGUGUCGAUCGGACGAGGUUCCGCAGCGUAUUUAUUUUAUUCAGUACACCAUUGUACCGUAGUUGAUAAUUUAGCAGCACGCGUCGCCCACCACUCGAGUUUCUCCGAACGAAGACAGCCUUCCGACAGACGCCGACAGACGACGAGUUGUCGAAGUGCCGUGCGAAGUGACGACAAGCUUGUAACGUUCCACGUGUAUUGUUCGAUUAAUAAAUAAUAUAUUUAUGCGACAGUC